GAGAAAAAAAUGUGUAAUUUAUUUUUUAGGGCCGAACCCAGAACCAGGGACCGUUUAACAGCAGGUUCGGUCGGAUGUAUUUCCAACUGGGUCCCUGGAGCUGCUUUGUUUUUCUGGACUGAAAGUGAAACUAAAGCCGCUCUGAGCCGAACAGAACCACCUGCAGGUCCGGUCCCAUUAUUACCUUCCUCUGGUCCGAACGCCUCGGUUCCGCUGCCAGUGAGUCCAAACCAGCAGAACUCCGGUCAGUCCGAUGAUUCCUGAUGCCUGCCCUCCUCAAUAUCGGCUUCCUCUGGCACUUCCUGUACGUCACGAUGGAUCACAGGUUGCAAAAGAAACUCCCAGGAUGUUCGGAAAGCUUCUCUCUCUGCUCGGUAAUGCUGCAGUCGACUCUGGAGCGGUGAGGGACACGGAGUUGGAGCUCCUGGAGUCUGAGGAGGAGGACUGGGUCAUUGUGGACAUCCCAUGGGACGGAGCCACGUCGGCCCCUGAUGCGGACCCUCUGGAGAACUUGCUGAUCGAGCACCCCAGCAUGUCUGUCUACCAGACAAGAUGCAGGAUGGGAGGAGCAGAGGGAGGGGAGGACCUACCCUCUGAUGAAGAGGAGGAGGAAGCCUCUAGGCCUGUUGCUGUCCGGCGACACGUUUCCUGGCGUCUCGCCGCCUGGGGGAGUCCUCUGCCCUGCGGCGUGCAGCUGCUGGCAGCCCACAGGUCCAGGAGCCUGGCGGACAGGAAGAAGCUGAGUCGCAGCACCCUCUGCAGGCAGAACCUGGCUAAGACACGGUUCUCAGCAAAGGACAGGAGGUACGGCGGUUUAAGGUGCCCCUCCCCACGCCUGUUCAACUACUGAACGCAGGGAUCAAGGUUCGAGCAUGAGCCCAGUGAUCAGCACCGUCUACCAGCACUCAUCCACUCAGGUUCUCUGUUCUACCUUCAUCCUGACUCCACAGCAGGGCCUUCAAAGCCUUCAACCUCAUGCCUCUGUCACACCUUUAUGAUUUAGACCAGGGUAUGCCUGAUAUGGGAAAAUCUGGCAAAAACGUUGGAAUCCGUGGAUAUGUUUUGUAUAAGUUAUGAGCACGCUGACGUACGCUGGGGUACGUCGACAUACAGCGAGUACGCCGAGACGUAUGCCAGCGUGUGCCAUACGUGGGCAUAGGUUACAGUUAAGUUAGCUGAUCGUUAACAUCAAGUGUAAGUUACUCAUAAGUCGUGGUUUCUAGCUUAUCAAAACCUAUGAGUAACCUCUCCUCCAGACUUCCUCCCUAUCAUAGGGUGAUCGAGAAGGUCAGUGUGAUGGAUCCUCCCGGCGUUGACGCCCACGGCCAACAAAUUUCCUAGAAGACAUUAGGGAUGGAACGGUUUAUGAAAACCGUCCGAAUCGUUCGGUUCGACUGUCUCGGUUCGGUUCGCGUGUGUUGCGUUCAGUUCAUGCGCUGCUCCUUUUUCUCAUAGGCGAAGC